AUGAACACUAGUGACAGCAAGGGUUUGGUUCAGCAGCAGCCGGAGCCAGUUCCGACAAGCAGCAGUAUGGCUACAGGUAUGUCAGCCCUUGGCAACAUUGAACCUUUCGACGAGUCCGUUUCCGAUUGGAAGACUUACGAACAACGCAUCACAAGUUAUUUGAAAGUCAACAAAAUUUCCCCGGAAUUAGAAGUCGAUGCAUUCAUCACGUUGAUUGGACCAAAAACGUAUAGACUACUGCAAGAUUUAGUGUCUCCAUCGGAACCAACUUCAAAAACUUCGGAUGAGUUAAAGUCAGCCCUACGAACGCAUUUGUCACCACAACCAUCAGUAAUUGCUGAGCGAGCAAAGUUCCAUGUUAGAAAACAAAAAGAAGGCGAAACAAUAUCUGAGUUCGCCGCUGCGUUGAAGCACCUCGCGCAAACCUGUAAAUUCGGCGCAACUUUGGAAGAGGUGAUGAGGGACCGCUUCGUGACAGGGUUGUCGCGCAUUGAUAUUCAGAAAUGCUUGUUCGCUGAAGAUGAGUCAUUAACCUUGAAGCGUGCACUGGAAAAAGCACUCUCAUUGGAACAAGCGAGCAAGAAUGCAACAGACUGUCACAGUGAUAUGAGUGCUAACCAACAGAUUCAGCGACUUCGGAGCGAAGGAAAAAACUUUCCGUCGAAACAUAAACAGUGUAGGGGUUGUUAUCGCUGCGGAGGUGAAGGCCAUGAAAGUAAAGAUUGCCGAUAUCGCAACUUCGCAUGCUUCAAGUGCGGGAAAAGGGGACAUAUUCAAGCAGCAUGCAUGUCAAAAGUGAAAGAAUUGCGUUUUCCCAAGGCGAAGUCUGUCAAGCCCAUUCGCAACUUGAGUUCAGAAAACCACGAAGAUUCAUUUUCGCACUUGCGUGCCCUAAAGGGUACGGCAUCUCCCAUUUGCUUCGACAUGACAGUAGAAGGGCAACUUCUUAAGAUGGAGCUGGACACGGGGGCAGCUGUUUCCGUAGUUUCGGAAAAUGUUUACAAGGAACUGCUCCAACACAAGACAUUAGAGCAUACCGAUGUUGUUCUCCGUACCUACACGGAAGAGGCCAUAAAGCCUUUAGGGGUUGUUGUGGUCAACGUAGACUACAAAAGCAAACAUUACUCGCUACCACUGCAUGUCUUGGACAAGUCCGGGCCAUCGCUGAUCGGCCGUGAUUGGCUGCGCCAUAUCAGACUGGACUGGAGCGUGCUCCACAAGCUUAACGCCGUAGAAAGCAGCAAGGCGUCGUGUACAGAAGCCGCAAAAAGACUGUUUUCGAAGUAUUCACAGCUCUUCAACAAUGAACUGGGAUGCAUAAAAGGAGAAAAGGUGCAGCUGCGUCUCAAACAAGGAGAAAAACCAAAAUUCCUCAAAGCACGACCAGUACCAUUUGCCUUGCGCCCUAAAGUAGAAAAAGAGCUGAAGGCUAUGGAAGAAAUGGGAAUCAUUAGCCCGGUUAUGACAUCGGAUUUCGCUACCCCAGUGGUUCCUGUCGUAAAGAGCAACGGCCAAGUGAGGCUAUGCGGGGACUACAAAGUGACCAUCAACCCACUACUUGAAAGCGUGCAGUACCCGCUUCCGCGAAUAGACGACCUUUUGGCGGACCUGGCAGGGGGCGUCAAGUUCUCUCGGAUUGACCUCAGUCGCGCGUAUCAACAGAUAGAGGUUGAUGAAGAUUCCCGAGACUGCCUAACAAUUAACACUACUCUUGGACUGUACCGAGUAAACAGGUUGCCGUUCGGCAUCACUACAGCACCCGCGCUUUUUCAAAAAGUAAUGGACACAAUGCUCAAGGGGUUACGCGGGGUGACGUGUUAUCUGGAUGAUAUUCUUAUCACUGGCAAUUCGGAACAAGAGCACCUAGAGAACCUGGAAGCUGUUUUAAAAGUCCUAGUACAACGGGGCGUACGUGUUCGCCCAGAAAAGUGCGAAUUCUUCAAGGAGUCCUUGGAAUAUCUAGGACACGAAAUUGAUUCUACAAGCAUCCGACCAUCAGCAGAUAAGGUUAAAGCAUUGUUGUUGGCACCGCAUCCAACAGAUAAGAAGCAGUUGAAGUCGUUUAUCGGAUUGAUAAACUAUUACGGGAAAUUUCUACCUCGGUUAUCGACGGUGUUGCAUCCUCUGUACCGACUACUACAAGAAAAAGUGACUUGGCUGUGGGACGUGGAGUGCCAGCGUGCGUACUCACAAGUGAAAGACUUGCUCGCGUCAUCAGCAGUGCUUGCGCAUUACGACCCCGACAAACCAGUUCAACUGAGCUGCGACGCAUCUCCGUAUGGACUAGGUGCGGUACUUUCUCACGUGUAUGACGACGGUUCAACACGACCAGUAGCUUACGCUUCUAGAACUUUGUCAGACUCUGAAAAAAACUACAGCCAACUAGAAAAAGAGGCGCUCGCGCUUGUGUUUGGUGUUAAGAAAUUUCAUUUUUAUCUUUUCGGAAGGAAGUUUGUGCUUGUAACUGAUCACAAGCCUUUGCAGUGUAUCUUCGGCUCGAAAAAGGGGAUACCGACGAUCGCCGCAGCGAGGAUUCAAAGAUGGGCAAUCUCGCUUUCUGCGUACGACUACAUCAUCAAACAUUGUUCUUCGGAAGAAAACAGUGCGCCUGACUACUUUUCGAGACUUCCACUCCAGACAACGCGACAAAACUUCCGGGAUGAAGUGGAUUCGUUUUUCACGCUUUGGCUCGACACUUUACCAGUUACCAGCAAGGACAUCGCAAGAGAAACGACGAAAGAUCCUCUCCUUUCCCGAGUACUGGAGCACACCAUGAUUGGCUGGGCAGCUGAAAUUAAGGAUCCAAGCCUGAAGCCCUUCUUUCAACGCCGGAAUGAAUUGUCCGUACAGCAACGGUGCCUCAUGUGGGGUCUUCGAGUGGUAAUACCGCUGAAGCUGAGGAACAGAAUACUAGAUGAACUACACAGCAGUCACCCUGGAGUAAUCAGAAUGAAAGAACUGGCACGUAGCUUCAUCUGGUGGCCGCAUAUAGAUACGGAUAUUGAGACAAGAGUACGGAAUUGCGACGACUGCCAACGUCACCGUAACGAGCCUGCUGCAGCCCCUGUACAUCCAUGGGAGUGGCCAACCCGACCAUGGGAACGGAUCCACGUAGACUUUGCGGGACCUUUCCAGCACCACAACUUUCUUGUUGUAAUGGACGCACAUUCGAAAUGGCCAGAGGUUUGGCCCAUGUCGUCAACAGCGACGUCAGCAACAGUGGAAAAGCUACGGGACUGUUUCAGCAGGUACGGCAUUCCUGAGACUAUUGUUUCAGACAACGGUCCGCAAUUUCGGUCUGAAGAGUUUAAGUCCUUUCUGCGCAACAACGGAGUUCGACACAUAACAUCGGCUCCGUAUCAUCCGUCUACGAACGGUCUUGUGGAAAGAUUUAUACAGUCGCUCAAGCAAAGUUUGAAGAAAAAUCCGGUAGGUCCUCUUCACCUGAGGCUCUACAAUUUCCUACUUGCAUAUCGUACGACUCCACACGCUACGACACGGGAAUGCCCAGCAACAUUAAUGAUGGGGAGACGAAUUAGGACACGUUUGGACUUGGUGAAACCGUCAGUAUUGUCUGAAGUACGUCACAAACAAUUCAAGGGAAGUCUCCACCGACGUUCAGUGGUGCGUAACUUUUGUGAAGGACAAAGGGUGCGUGCGCGAAAUUAUCGCGGGCUUCCGAAGUGGUUAUCUGGUGUUAUUGUGAAGCAGACAGGCCCAGUGUCUUUUGUUGUACGAGUUGCUACUUCCAGGGGCACACUUCUGUGGAGAAGGCACCAGGAUCAACUUCUGGAUGCGGAGCAGGGCGUUCCACCUGGAACUACGUCCUCCGAAGAAUUGUGGUGGGAUUCACCUUUAACUGCUCCGGGUGAUCGCAGCAACACUUCUGUCGUCGACGCAACGCAGCCAUCUUCAUCGGGAGAAGGGUGCCAAGGAGCCCAUUCAGUUUCAAACGGUGAAAGAAGAUACCCGCAGAGAAUGCGGAAACCGCCAGACUUUUAUCGCUCAAGUUAA